UCAUUUGCAAUACCAGUGUGGUUUAAAAAAAUAAAUAAAUUCAGACAUAAACCACACACUGAUUGAAGAUUGAAACUGAAUUUGGGGAGUAAGAAGAUCUGCGCUGCGGAUUGGGACUCGUCUGUUCUAGAAAGUUUAAGUCUUGACAUUUUGGGAGAGAAGAAAUCACACAUUGUAUAAUAACCACAUUGAAAGUUUAGACUUUCCACAGAAUUCAGUAGGACAGAAACAAAUUGCUGCAGUUUUAUGACUGUUCAGUUAUGAGUUUUACUGAUUAAAGGUCUGUUCUUGGCUGGAGGGCUGGGCUGAUCUAAAACAGCCUUGCUUGUGUGUUAUACAAAGCUUGGGAAACGUGCAGGAUAGAUUGUUGGAAGCAAAUGUUCAGACGGGCUUUGACUAUGAGGACUCUUCGCAGGUCGAAAUUCAUGAGUUCACCCAGCCUCAGUGACCUGGGCAAGAGAGAGCAGGCAGUCUUGGAUGAGCGGGGGACGCAGCAAAAACGGGCCGGGUCCAACGCCACCUGGAACAGUAUCCAGAAUGGAGUAAUUUCAGUAUUUCAGAAAAAGGGCCUUGCAGACCAUGAGCUCUAUAACCUCAAUGAAGGAGUCCGACAGCUGCUGAAAACAGAGCUUGGGUCAUUUUUCACAGAAUACCUUCAGAAUCAACUUCUCACAAAGGGGAUGGUUAUUCUGCGCGAUAAAAUCCGUUUUUAUGAAGGACAGAAACUCCUGGAUUCUUUAGCGGAAACCUGGGAUUUCUUUUUCUGCGAUGUUCUUCCAAUGCUCCAGGCGAUUUUCUACCCUGUACAGGGGAAGGAGCCUUCGAUUCGUCAGCUGGCCUUACUGCACUUUAGGAAUAUUAUAACUCUGAACAUUAAGCUAGACGAUGCAAUAUCACGGCCCCGAGCACGCGUUCCGGCCUCCAUCAUUCAGAUGCUGCUAAUUCUUCAGGGAGUUCAUGAAUCAAAAGGAGUUUCUGAGGAAUAUCUGAACCUGGAAGCUCUGCUGCAGAAGGUGGUAUCUCCUUACCUUGGUACUUACGGACUCUACUCCAAUGAAGGUCCCUUCACCCAUGCUUCGUGCAUCUUAGAAAAGCGCAUGUUUAGACGUUGUCCAAAGUCUGGGGAUGUCAUCACUAAGAACCCUGUUGUGAGAUCCAAGAGUUAUAACAACCCUCUCCUGACUCCUGUGGCCGAGUAUGAGAUGGAGAAUUUAGCAACCAAUGGCACUGGAAUCCGAAGGCACUCAGUGUCCGAAAUGACUUCGCUUUUGGAGAUCCAAGGUUACUCCAAUCUUACCACAAUUCUAGAUAGCAGCUCCAAACUCUCCAUGUCUGCCACCAAAACCCAACCCCCAGGGGAACAGGACAGACACAGUAUGAGCAACGGACAAUUUGUAGCGAAUCCUAACCAAAGUGAAGAACAGCAGACUUCAAGAGAGGAGCCACACACAGACUCGCCAUUACUCCCUGUCCCAUCUUCCAGCCCUGAGACAAUAGUUGAUAGAAUUUUAGAGUCUAUAGACUCUGACUCAGAAGGCAUUUUUAUUGAUUUUGGAAAAAGCUGUGCCAAAUCUUCUGGAUACACAAUGGAUGUGAGCAGACAGAGCCUUAUAUAAAGAGAAAUAGAAGUUUUAUAGUUGUCAUUUGUUUUAUACGUUGUUGGGUCUAUUUGGUUUGUGUUUUGGUACGAAGGGUAUUCUUGGAAAUUUUUCACUGAAACAGAAAUCACACAAAUCUGGGAUAAAAUGUAUUUACUAGUUCUUUUGGUUUUCAUAGUUUUUAUGGUGUAUCUCAUCCUACCAGAAUUUUCUUAUAUCAAAAAACAUAGACUCAUAAAUCCGUAAACUUAAAGAGACGUGAAACCGAAACUUUUUCUUUUAUGAUUUAGAUAGUGUGUGCAUUUUUUGUUAAAAAAAAGUUUUAACACUGCUGCUAUCUGAUAGUCAAAAGCAUUAUUGGACAAACUGCUGCAUAUAGUUGUCCAGACACGUGCACACUAAAUAUCUAGGUAUCUAUUUAAUAAUGAAUACAAUGAAAAAGAAGUUAAUUUGAUAAUAGAAAUUAUACACUCAUGUCCCUUUUAUUGCAUUUAAACCUACAGAGCUAGUUUAAAUCUGUUUUCCCCAUUAAAUCAUAAAAAUAGACUGUAAGAAACUUGCUUUUAGAAAACGUAGGCAUUUUUCUUUAAAGUUAAAGCUGUUUAAAUUUAAAGGGACAUGAAACCCACAUUUUUUCUUUUGUGGUUAAGAAAGAACAUGCAAUUUUUAAAAAAAAAACUUUCUAAAUACUUAUAUUACAUAAUUUGCUUAAUUUUCUUUGUUGAAAAGCAUAUCUAAAUAGGCUCAGUAGCUGCUGAUUGGUGGCUGCACAUAGAUGCCUCGUGUGAUUGGCACACCCAUGUGCAUUGCUAUUUUUUCAACAAAGGAUAUCUGAGGAAUUAAACAAAUGAAAUAAUAAAAGUAAAUUGGAGUCUUUUUUUAAAUUAUAUUCUUUAUCUAAAUCAGGAAAGAAACAUUUUGUAGGUGUUUUCUUUUUUUGUCCCUUUAAUGCAAAUCUAACAGGAAGUUCAUGAUUGUGUCAUGUGACUGUGUCAUGUUACGGACCACACUGAAAAAGUUAAACAAUGCACUGCAAUACAUUUUGAAACUAUCUAUUUUAGAUAGUCUUAUUAAUGGAUAAAGCAGACAUGUGCAUUGGAAAGUAGGCAUCAAGUCACAGGAUGGUGACUAUACUGAUAGGUAUUGUGGGUUGUAUGGGCAUUAGUAUGGAAAGUGAACCGUUACUUUCACGAGACAAGAUUCUGCAUCUGUAAUAUGAAAAACUUAUUCCUAGAUACAGAGGUAUAGAACAUUGUUUCUCAAUCGUGGUCCUCAUUGACCCCCAACUAGCCAGGUUUUCAUUAUAGCUGAACCAGUGCACAGGUGAAAUAAUCAGCUGAUGGGUGAGAGCAGGUUAGUAACUAUGGUUACUGAUCAGCUGAUUACUUCACCUGUGCACCGGUUCAGCUAUAAUGAAAACCUGACCUGUUAGGGGUACUUGAAGACCAAGGUUGAGAAACACUGGUCUAGAACACAACUUCACAUGAUAUCAACUCUAAAAUUGCUUUAUCAUAAUCAUUAACUGUUACCUGUAAAAUGGCUUUAUAUGCAAUUACCAGUAAAAACGUUUAAAGGGAUUUUUUAUUUAUGCACCAAAUUAUUUACUACAUUGCAAAAACAUACUUGUUUUAAAAGCAUUUUGUUGCAGGACUGAAACACAUCAAUUAAAAAGCCUUUUGACUGUU